CAGGAUUUUAACGAGCCCUCGACGGUGUGGCACAUUGUCAGAACGUACUGCAACUGCACACUAGAGAACCAUUUUUGGAGAAAACUUAUUUGCAGUUUCUGAAAGAACGGUCGGGCAUUUUAUUCAGAGUUUUCGUAAAAUAAGGUCUGUUGUGUGAGCAGCCCUUAAACAUUAUUUCUGCCAUGGAUGGUGUGAUGAUGGAAGAGGAAGAUGAUUGUCCAGAUUUGGUGCCUAUCGAGACCCAGUCCGGUCGUCCUGCAGAGCAGAUACCGGUCACCAUCAUCACAGGCUACCUGGGUGCUGGAAAGACUACGCUUCUCAACUACAUCUUAACAGAACAACACAACAAACGGAUUGCUGUCAUACUCAAUGAGUUUGGAGAGGGCAGCGCCCUUGAGAAGUCCCUCGCUGUGAGCCAGGCAGGAGAGCUGUAUGAGGAGUGGCUGGAACUGAGAAAUGGCUGCCUCUGCUGCUCUGUCAAGGACAAUGGUCUUAAAGCCAUUGAAAACCUGAUGGAGAAGAAAGGAAAGUUUGAUUAUAUCUUAUUGGAAACCACAGGACUUGCUGAUCCAGGAGCUGUGGCCUCCAUGUUCUGGGUUGACGCAGAGCUCGGCAGUGACAUCUAUUUGGACGGCAUCGUCACUGUCAUUGAUGCAAAGUAUGGACUACAGCAACUAACAGAAGAAAAAGCAGAUGGGCUGGUCAAUGAAGCAGCCAGACAGAUUGCUGUUGCAGACCUAACCAUUAUUAACAAGACAGACCUGGUAAAAGAGGAGGAGCUGAACCAAGUCAGAGACACUGUCAGGUCUAUAAAUGGUCUUGUCAAGAUUCUAGAAACUCAGAGAUCAAGAGUGGAUCUCUCUGAAGUGCUGGAUCUGCAUUCCUUUGACAGUAAGGAUGGAGCAAAUCUUGCAGAGAAGCUCCAACUUGUGAAAUCUGCAAGACCACAUCUUGACAAGAGUGUUUUAACUGUGACAUUUGAAGUGACUGGAGAUCUCUCUGAGGAGGCUUUAAAUGCCUUCAUCCAGGAUCUCCUAUGGGAAAAGAUGUUCUGUAACAAAGAAGGGCAACCCAUGACUGUCAUCCGGUUAAAGGGCAUAGUAUCAUUUGCAGGUAAAGCCCACCAAGUGAUGCUGCAGGGGGUCCACGAGCUGUACGAGCUGAAUGAGACUCCACAGCUUUGGGAGGAGAACCCUCGGAUCAACCGGCUGGUCUUUAUAGGUAGAAACCUGGACAAAGACAUCCUCUGUGAACAAUUCACUUCUAAAGUUGUGCUGGACACAGAAAAAAAUAGCUGAAGCUACCAAUACCUCCGGCUUCACAUCAAAACCUGUUGAUUCUGAAGCAAAAGUUGUGGCAUUGGCUAUUCAUAAAUCUGAGACUGCCUUUCAGACAUUCAUUCCUUUUCUACUUGAGGAUGACGUGUGUCAGAGGAUGGCUGAGGUAACUGUACUCAUCAACUUAGUGGUUUUAACUUGUGAUAAUCUAUCACAACCGACGCUAAACGCUACAGUAAUUACGAAUGUUUGAUGUGCUUCUGAUUCUGGAAAAUGACCAAACAUGACCUCUGUAAGUAACCUCUAAAAAACUGAAACAGUUUGCACACAAAAAGAUGCCACAAAGAUCCAGAACUUUAAUCAGUGCAAUGCAUUUUUAGAAACACGGCUUUAUGAAAACUGCAAUAUUUGAAGGUUUGGAAACUCAAUGAUGCACAUACUGCAUCAAGUGUUGAGUCUACUUUAAGUAUUUCUGCUUAUGUUUCUAACUUUUAACACCCUUUAUUUUUGAAUUAUUUAAAAUAAAGUUUCUUUCCUGAA